AUGGCCACCCUGCUGACUUCAGUCUGCUGUCGAUUGGCAAAAAGCAACUUACGCAGCUUUCCCGCUGCGAGUCCGGCCUUGAUCAGCUUCACUGGCACAGGUACGUUUCAAGCUCCGCUAGAGCUGGGACCCAUGACCCAGGACAAGCGAUAUUCCCAAAAACGCGGUGUCCUCAAGCUCCGGUGUAGCGAGUGUCGCUAUGUCAUUAAAAGAUGGCACGUUCCCAUCCUCGCAGUGGAUUGCAAUGCGAAUGUCCGUCACAAACAGGCGAUGUCGAAUCCGGCGAUACGAUCGCGAUGGUCAGCUCAGGUUCCAGACUACCUCAGACCCUGGGUGGAAGGAAAACAGUGCUGCCCUGACUUCAUGUGUUCUGCCUCUCAGCCCAACAAAGCCCAACAAAGUCCAACAAUAGGUCAAGAUUCACUUGUGCGAAAGCUUGGUUUAGCAGACACGGCUUUUCGGCCUGAGGACAAGUUGCUUGACAUGACAAGGUCCGGAGAAGACAAGUUUGCCCGUAAGGUUGUGCAAAGUUGUAAGCUGAAGCCCACCCUGCGGAUGCGAAGGAUGGCGCUGGCGGAAAAUUUACAAUGGGUCGACCUGGUGAUGAAGCGAAAGGAGUCCAGGAGUCAGCAGAGCCUGGAGCGACAAUCACAUGCAUCUGUGCAGGCUGAGACCAAGAAGCUCUUAGACAUAGUAGCAAAGUCCCUCUACACAGACAAGGAGGUUUUCAUCAGGGAAUUGAUCUCCAAUGCUUCAGAUGCUUGUGAAAAGCUUCGGUUCUUGCAGACCACUCAGCAAGUAAAAGAUGUGAGCGACUCCGAGCGUCCGCUCCAAGUCACGCUCAGUGUGAAUGAAAGUGAAAGGAAGUUUGUAAUUGAAGAUUCUGGAAUUGGCAUGACCCAUGAUGAGCUUAUCGAACAUUUGGGCACCAUUGCCAAGAGCGGCUCCCUGGACUUUCUCCAGCGUGGCGAGUCUGAUGCGAGCAAAAUCAUCGGCCAGUUUGGCGUCGGCUUCUACUCCACCUUUGUUGUGGCAGACAAGGUUGAGGUCUAUACCAAAACGGCAGACACAGAGAAGGGUGAGAAAGGCUACCUUUGGACCUCCGAUGGUUCAGGGAGCUUCACCAUCACAGAUUGUGAUGAUGUUCCACGAGGGACAAAGAUAGAGUUGACGCUGAAAGAUGAUGCGACUGAGUUUUGCAAGCUGGCAACUGUCAAAAAGGCAGCGCAGAAGUUUUCAUCUUUCAUCGACUUCCCUAUCUAUGUCACAGAGGAAGGAGAGCCAAAGCCCAUCAACAAGCAGGAGGCGCUCUGGAUGAAGAGCUCUGCCACUGAAGAGCAGCACUUGGAGUUCUUCCGCUUUCUGAGUGGCAACUCCUAUGGAAAGCCUUGGUACACACUGAUGUAUCAAACUGAUGCUCCUCUCUCCAUCAAGAGUUGUUUCUACAUUCCAGAUCCAGACAAUGCGCCAAGCCGAAUGUUCACCAAAGACCCAGAGAUUGGUAUCUCGCUUCACUCUCGACGGGUGAUGGUGAAGAAGCAUGCGGACGGGGUUAUCCCUAAGUGGCUCCACUGGAUGAAGGGUAUUGUGGAUUGUGAGGACAUGCCCAUGAACAUCAGCCGAGAGAGCAUGCAAGACACUCGCUUGAUGGAAAAGCUUAGCAUGGCAGUAGUUCGCCGGAUCUUGAGAUUUCUCCAGCAGGAGGCAAAAAAGGAUCCUGAAAAAUAUCAAAAGUUCUUCAAAGGCUACUCCUACUUCCUGAAGGCGGGUGUGAUUGAAGACAAAGAGGGCAAUUUCAGUCGCCAUAAAGAUGAUUUGCUGAAGCUCCUGCGCUUUGAGUGCUCGAACAAGUCAAAAGGUGAGCUCAUCUCACUGGAGGAAUACAUCGACAUGGCGAAGGAAGGACAGCAGAACAUUUAUUACUUCACUUGUCCGGACAGACAAACUGCGAUGUCUUCUCCAUACAUGGAACAGUUUAUCCAGCGGCAGCGCAACGUCAUCUUGAUGUUCGAAGACAUAGACGAAUUUGUGGUGAAUGCCAUCGAGGGUUUCAAGGAUAAGGAGUUUGUCUCCGUUGAUUCUGCUGACAAGAACUUUGAGUUGGAUCUCGACAAGCCUGAAGAGCCUGAGAACCAGGAUGGAAGAGUUCUCACAGAAGAGGAGCAAACACAGAUGCAGAAGUUCAUCAGAGAUGUGUUGAAGGAGAAGGUGCAAGAAGUGAAGUUCUCUGAUCGAUUGGUGAGUUCUCCAGCCAUUGUGACUAGCAUCAUCACACCGCACAUGCGCAAGAUGAUGAAGAGUCUUAUGGCUGGAAAGGAAAACGACGGCUUGGGUAACAUCCCGAUGACCCUCGAACUCAGUCCAAAGCACCAUAUCGUCACAACGCUGCGCACCAUCCUCAAAGCCAACGAGCCAGUUGCACGCAUAGCCGUCGAGCAGUUGUACGACAAUGCUUGCAUUGCUGCGGGCACAUUGGAUGAUCCUCGAGUGCUCAUGUCGAGAUUAAACAAGGUCUUGGAGAUGUUUGUCUACCAGGGUGCUGGCUAUGAUUAUGCCAAAGGUGAGUACCGAAUAAGCGAUAGUGCAGAAGCUGCCCCGAAGGAGGAAGUGAAAGCCGAGGAAUCUAAGGAAGCAAACGCCACAAGCAGCUCCAGCGGCUCCAGCGGCUCCAGCGGCUCCAAGUUUGAGGAGGUAGGCCAACUGCGACGGUGAAGACUCCUCAAAGACCAAAACCUCUGGACAGUCCAAAAUCAUCCUGCGGUCGCAACAGCGACUGGUGCAGAGC